CUUUCUUCAAGUAGGCUGGCCCAUUCCCGGGCCGUUCAUUCUGCAGGAGGCUGAGACGCGAACAAGGCAGGAUGGAGAAGCUAUUUGUGCUCGUCCUCUCCCUUACCUUACUGACUGACUUCGCAGGGUCCUCCCCGAUUCUGACGGAAAAGCAGGCCAAACAGCUUCUCAGGUCCCGACGCCAGGACAGGCCAAGCAAACCUGGCUUCCCUGAUGAACCCAUGCGGGAGUACAUGCACCAUCUGCUCCGCCUGGAACACCGCGCCGAGGAGCAGUUCCUGGAGCACUGGCUGAACCCUCACUGCAAGCCCCACUGUGACCGGAAUGUGGUCCAUCCCGUGUAAGGGGCUCAGGACCAGCUUCUGCCAGCAGUUUGAUAAGCAACGACCUGGCUACUGUUGAAACACCGGAUGAGGCUCCUUCUUUAUUUUUCAGCCAUGGAAACGGAUGUUUUCAGACCUCUGUGGCAAAGGCUGCCUCGGGGAUUGAUGGCAAAUAUAUAUACAUGUAUGCUGCUUCAUUUGACUAACGUGCAUCACUCAUUAAAGCCAAUAGCUUGAAGUAUCACUCCCUUCCCUGCCCCUCAUGGCCUUCCUGCAGGUUUGAUAGGGUGGGCAGAAGGAGAAGCUCACCUGGGGCCAAUGAGCUGGAACUUCUGGAAAGUCUUGCAGGGUAUAGUGAAGCCCAGCCCUGGGGGUUGCAAAGGGGUCCCGUCAUCUAUUCCGCCCUCCAUCCUGUCUGCUCUAAUAAACACUGGUGUUAAACCUA